AUGGGUGUCUUCACGGUAAACUGGCCAGUCAAAGACAUUGCCUAUACCGCCGUUGUUGGGCUCGUCAUGCUGAUGGCCUGCCUAGAAUGGCUUCUUUGGUUUGCUGCUUUCCUCUAUUGUCUUGUAAAGGCGUUCGGCAAAGCAGAACAUUGGUCAAUCCGAGUCCUUUGCGUCGUCGUUGGUUUGGCUUUUGCCGCCCUUCGAUGCAUAUUUCUACCGGUUAUGCUGGUGACGCUUCCCCUGCCGCCAGCCGUCUCGAAUUUGUGGCCAACAUUCUUCUCUUCGUUGUUGCAAUGGUUCGCCUUCUGGAGCUUCGCCAUCUUGCUCACCGUUCCGUGGCUGUUUUGCAUCUACCAACUUGUCACAAACCACUUGGGACGGAACAAGAGGGUCAAACGAGUUUUGGACGACUCGACCGCUCCAAAGGUCGUCGUAGUCAUGCCAUGUUACCAUGAAGAUCCCCUUGUCCUCAUCGCCGCUGUUGAUUCCAUCGUCGAAUGCGACUACCCAGCGUCAUGCAUUCACCUGUUCUUAUCUUUUGACGGCGAAUCAAUAGAUGAGCUUUACCUACACACAAUGCAGGCUCUUGGGGUGUCAAUUAUUUCGAAACCAUACCCCAGCUGUAUUGACCUUGUCUACAAGGCCGUGCGAGUGACCGUGUCGCGAUUUCGUCACGGUGGCAAGAGGCAAUGCCAAAAAUUGACAUACGACCUUAUUGAUAAGGUCUAUACAGACUACAUCAGGCAUCUUGACAACAUCUUCAUUCUCUUCAUCGACUCGGACUGCAUCCUUGACAGAGUUUGUCUCCAGAACUUUGUGUAUGACAUGGAACUCAGUCCAGGCAACGCCAGGCAAAUGUUGGCCAUGACGGGGGUUAUCACCUCGACGACUAAAAAACACAGCAUCAUCACUUUACUUCAAGACAUGGAAUACAUCCACGGGCAGCUUUUUGAACGCACCGUAGAGUCCGGCUGUGGCUCAGUUACUUGUCUUCCAGGAGCGCUCACGAUGCUCCGAUUCUCUGCCUUUAGGAGAAUGGCCAAAUAUUAUUUUUCUGACAAGGCUGAAGAGUGUGACGACAUAUUCGACUAUGCCAAGUGCCACUUGGGCGAGGAUCGCUGGCUCACACAUCUCUUCAUGAUAGGUGCCAAGCAAAGAUAUCAGAUUCAAAUGUGCACUUCGGCUUUCUGCAAGACAGAGGCAGUGCAGACAUACAGAUCUCUCGUCAAACAGCGGCGUCGAUGGUUUCUGGGGUUUGUGACAAACGAGGUUUGCAUGCUAACUGACUGGCGGUUGUGGAAGCGAUACCCAGCCUUGAUCCUGGUGAGGUUUCUGCAGGAUACAAUACGAACCACGGCGCUUUUGUUUCUCAUCAUGGUCUUGGCGCUGUUGACGUCAACCGCGACCGUGCGGAAUUUGCCCGUGGGCUUCAUUGCCGUGUCGUUGGGAUUGAACUGGCUUUUGAUGCUCUAUUUUGGGGCCAAGCUGAAGAGGUUUAAGAUGUGGUUUUACCCUCUCAUGUUCAUCCUAAACCCGCUCUUCAACUGGUACUACAUGGUUUACGGGAUUCUAACGGCAGGUUCACGAACAUGGGGUGGACCACGAGCUGAUGCGGCGGCGGCGAACAUGCACACAACAGCCAGAGAGGCAGCGGAACAAGCAGAAAAACAGGGAGAUGAAUUGAAUAUCGUGCCCGAGAGCUUCAAACCAGCGAAGGAAGCCAGAGCACUUGCCAAUGAGCCCCAUCGGCCGCCUGCCUCGGUUUGCCGCCAAAGAAGUGUUGUCCGCCCCCCAAAUGCGAUUGACGGUCAAUUUUCAGGUCUUGGUCGUGCAACCGAGCUUGCGGCUUUCAACGGAAGAAAACUGCUAUGUGAUGGAGCGGUGUCCAAUGAGCCAGGGCGCUACACAGUGAAUAAUGGCUCGCAGUCGGCACACGCGGCAUAUGAAAUAGCACUUGAAAGCAGGGUGGGGUUUUUCAUGGGUGAAGAGGACAAAAGGAAAUACACCACAGCUCAACUGGCACAGAGACAGCCUCUUGCACAUGAGCCAGGCAUCGACCCUGGUGCGGAUGCCGGAUGA